AUGGAGGUUGCCGACCCAGCAAACGCCAGUCCAAACAAAGGCUUGAAAACACGAAGUAAGUUUACUGCGAGAAGUGCAGUUGUCGAAAUGGGAGGCCCUAUAUUUUGUGAUGUUUUCUUCGGUGAACGCCUCCUGCUUAGCUAUGUUGAUUUGAAAGUGGUAGUGAACCGUACCAGAGACGAUUGCACUGAAAAAAGCCCAGCCGUUUACCCUGUAAGGCGUGUGGACUGCAAAAGUUUCAUCAUUCCAUCAGGAAACCCAUCGUUGCAAAAAGAUAAUCUUUUCAACGGUUUUGUACCGAAAUCACUUGUCGUUGGGCUUGUUGCAAGUGCUGCAUUCAAUGGUGCUUAUAAAUUAAACCCAUUCAAUUUCCAGCAUUUCAACGUUUCAUCCUUAGGCAUUUCUGUAAACGGCGAAUCUCUACCAUCUAAGCCUUUCAAGCUGUCUUUUGGUAACAAUCCUAGAUACAUAGAAUUGAACGCCGGAAAUGGAAUUGAUCGUGACGAGUUUCUAAAGGGUUUUGCUUUGUACUGUUUUGAUUUGACGCCUGAUAUGUGUGGUACGGGAGAACAUUUUAAUACAGUGCAAAAAGGAAAUCUUGCCAUUGACAUACAAUUCUCAACAGCACCAACUAAUGCUGUUAGUCUUGUGUGCUAUGGAGAGUUUGAAAACGUGAUCUUUAUCGAUUCUAAGAGGAAUGUUGUCUAUGACUAUAUUGGUUAAAUUAACACCUCACAAAUAUCGUCUGCUUUGAGAUCGGAUCCUGUUACAAGCAAGAAAUUUCUUGGUGUUUUUCCAGCCAAUCGUCUACCUAAAGUAAUAAAAAGCUAUCCGAAUGGGUUAAUAGCAAACAUUGAAAUCAGCGGAAAACCUGAAGUCAUUGGUUUGCAUUUUACUUUCCGU